AUGGCUCCCGUCCUCAAGAAAUACAAGGCCGCAGCAGUCAAUGCUGAGCCUGGAUGGUUCGACCUCGAGGAAUCUGUUCGCCGCACGAUUCAUUGGAUUGAUGAAGCCGGGAAAGCGGGUUGCAAGUUUAUUGCAUUCCCCGAGUUGUGGAUCCCUGGCUACCCGUACUGGGCCUGGAAGGUCAACUACCAGGAAAGUCUGCCACUUCUGAAGAAGUAUCGUGAGAAUAGUCUUCCUUCCGAUUCGGAGGAAAUGCGCCGCAUCCGCGAGGCUGCAUGCCACAACAAGAUCUUCGUAUCUCUCGGAUACUCCGAGGUCGAUCUGGCAAGCUUGUAUACCACUCAGAUCAUGAUCAAUCCGGCUGGAGAUAUCAUCAACCAUCGUCGCAAGAUCAAGGCUACCCACGUCGAGCGUCUGGUCUUUGGUGAUGGCACUGGCGAUACUACCGAGUCGGUCAUGGAUACUGAGAUUGGGCGUAUCGGACACCUGAACUGCUGGGAGAACAUGAAUCCAUUUUUGAAGGCCUAUGCUGCAUCUCUGGGAGAACAGGUCCAUGUUGCUGCUUGGCCGCUGUAUCCUGGAAAGGACACUCUCAAAUAUCCGGACCCCUAUACUAACAUCGCUGAAGCCAAUGCCGACCUCGUGACUCCCGCCUAUGCCAUCGAGACAGGCGCUUUCACCCUUGCACCUUGGCAGACAAUCACUGCGGAAGGUAUCAAGCUCAAUACGCCACCCGGCAAGGAGCUGGAAGAUCCCAACAUUUACAACGGAAAUGGCCGCAUCUUUGGGCCUGAUGGUCAAAACCUUGUUCCUCAUCCCGACAAGGACUUCCAGGGUCUCCUUUUCGUUGACAUCGAUCUUGAUGAAAUUCAUCUCACCAAGUCUUUGGCUGACUUUGGUGGCCACUACAUGAGACCUGACCUGAUCCGCCUCUUGGUCGACACUAAUCGCAAGGAUCUGGUUGUGCACGAAGACCGAGUCAACGGAGGCGUUGUUUACCAAAAGACGGUGGACCGUGUCGGACUCUCGAAGCCCUUGGGUGGAGCCGCUGAAGAGUCGACCAGCGAAUGA